GCAGAGAUGGCCAUGCUGUGGGCUCUCCUGUGCCUGGCAUUCUUUGGCUCUUCUUAUGGCUGUGGGAUCCCAGCCAUUACACCGGCUCUGAACUUCAAUCAGAAGAUUGUCAAUGGAGAAAAUGCUGUGCCAGGAUCCUGGCCCUGGCAGGUGUCCCUGCAGCAGCAAAAUGGUUUUCACUUCUGUGGAGGUUCCCUCAUCAACCAAAACUGGGUAGUCACAGCUGCCCACUGCAAUGUGAGCCCAAACCACGUGGUUGUCCUUGGAGAACACGACCGAUCGUCCAGCGCAGAACCCAUUCAGGUCAGGACUAUCUCAAAGAUCAUCACCUAUCCUGGCUGGAAUUCCAAUACCAUGAAUAACGAUCUCACUCUGCUGAAGCUGUCCUCGCCUGUCCAAUUCACCAACCGCAUCUCCCCAGUCUGUCUGAACACAAACAGCAACCUCCCUCAGGGUCUCACUUGUGUCACCACAGGCUGGGGCCGCACCAGUGGUGUCGCCAACACCACCCCAGCCCAGCUGCAGCAGGUGGUCCUGCCCCUGGUGACAGUGUAUCAGUGCCAGCAGUACUGGGGCAGCCGGAUCACGGAUGCCAUGAUCUGUGCUGGAGGCUCCGGAGCCUCCUCUUGCCAGGGUGAUUCUGGAGGACCCCUCGUGUGCCGACAAAACAACCUGCAGAACGCACCUUGGGUCCAAGUCGGUGUUGUCUCUUGGGGGACAAGCAACUGCAAUAUCCAGGCACCGGCCAUGUACACACGCAUCAGCAAAUUCAGUUCUUGGAUCAAUCAAAUUGUGUCCAGCUACUAAGGAGCUUGGAAAAGAGGCUUUGGGGAUACCUCACACAAACCCUAUUGCUCUUCUUCCCUAUUCCCCAAAGUCCAAUAAAUUUCCUUUCUUC